AUGCUCGGCCUCCGUUGCAACAUCGCAAAAUCGUCGGCAUGGGGACAAUCGCUAGCGGAUGACGGCGGCACGCCACCUCCCAUCGGCCUGCAGCAGAUCAUAGAUGGGAUCCGGGUUCUAGGCAGCCCAGUCGGCUUGCCUGCCUUCUGCACCACCCAAGCACAAACACGGCUUGAUGAGGCGUCGGCCCCGUUACCCCUGGUGGUGCAGCUCCACCCGCAGAGCGCAAUGCUCAUCCUCACGAGGAGCAUAUCCCGCCGAAUCUCCUACUUUCUGCGGACGACACCGGCGGAAGUCAUGGGGAGAGAGGAGUGGAGGGGCUGGAUACGUACGACAGCAACGUCAAACACGUCCCCACGUGCACAACGCGCUGCUCGACGAGAGGAGGCAGCGCGCCUGCAGGAGCGGCAGCAAGAGGAGCAGGCGAGACAAGAGGGUUUGGCGGCGCAGGAGGAGCCGGCGGCUGACGCAGUUGAGGCCGGGGCAGAGGAAACUGAUUUACGGGGGGAUGUCGCUGCUGCGGGGUCACGUUUGACGCGGCGGAGGGGGCAGGGUGCUGCAGCAGAGGCGGAUCCGACGGGGACGGGGCGGGAGGCGCACUCGCCUGCUGCUGUGCCUGCAGCCGCCUCUGACGACGACUCAACCGCGCCCGCUGCGGGGCCGACGGCGCCACCAGCGGACGAGGUUGUGGCUGCGGAGGAGGCGCAUGUGGAGCAUGGGUCGACUGAUUCACCGGUGCCAUUGGUGGCGGUGUCCUCGUCACCUCUCGGGGAGGUGGAGAUUGCGGCGGUCGUAGCUGAGGCAGCGAGGCAACCAGAACAACCCCCGAACGAACCGUUUGCGCCGACUGCCGCUGAGUCCGCCGGAAUGUCUGCUGCUGCCACGGCCGUAAACAUGCGGGAGCGCGGCCAGGCGGCGGAUGGAAUUGAGGGUCCCGUGAUCGGCGCCGCUUUGGCGCCGCACCGGCAAGGAAGAAGGCCUGCGCAGGAGAGCGCGAGAGGCGGCAGCGCUGGCGUACUCCCCGCGAUCCCCCGUGGAGGCAGAGGGGGAAGAGGAGGGACACGCGGGAGGGGAGUUCCACUCCUUGGUGGCGAGGCUGCAAUCGUGAGAUCAGGCACGUGGCGUGAUCGCCACAACCGCCCGGAGCGUGUACCUACGCCUGUGUGUGUGAAUGGGGGCGAGGAGGGGUCUGAAAACUCCCAGAACGGGAGCGAGUUUAUCCCCUCGCAGUCAGAGGCAUCGGAGGAUUUGGUCUCUCUGGGCGACGAUGAGAACCAACAUGUGUCAGCGCAGGGGCGAGUGAGGAGGACGGAGCAGGGUGGCAUGCCACAACCACCCAACAUGCCAGCAGGACAGGCCCCAGCUGUGCCACCACAGCCAUCCGAGAAAUCGCUAGCUGACCUGGCAAAGGAUGAGUCUUUCUGGCACCUGGCCAGCACUUGGGACAUUGCACUACUCCAGCGUGCGGAUCAACCGUUCCUGGUGAGGCGGUUGCCCCUAAAAGAUUCUGGAGAGCUACAACCUGUGCCUUCGGGCCCCGCUAUUGCGAUUGGCCGAGAAACCAGACUUUGUGGGGGCGUGGACGGUGCUGCAAUUUUUACCUCGACCCUUCGACCUCUACCAGAGCCGGUGGACGGGAACCGCUGGAUCAAGAUUGAGACUCGGCUGCACCACUUCAGGAUCGGGGAUCUUGCCGAUCUCUACAGUGAGGCAUGCACGAUCCCCGCUACUGAAGACCCGUCACGACACCAGCCAGACGAGGCAGGCCUGUGCGCGCGAGCAGAAGGCUUGAUAAAGAAGGCCAACAUUUCCAAGGCAGUGUCUGCCAGCCCAUCACCUGCUGCAGCAGAUGAACUUGCGGGAGCAGGAGCUGUUGGCACAGGCCGAGACGCUGCUGCCCAGAGAUUGGGUCCCCCCGCCCCCAACGUCAAACUAUCUGGUGGCACUAGAGGAGGGGCUGCCGACAGAGGCAAGGACAGCACUACAGACCUACCGGGAAGGCCCCCAGGGGCAGGGUAA